GUGUAGUAGUAACCCGACGGGAGUGGCAGUGGCGGCUGCUCUCCACCACCACUCCUCGUCGCCCCCACCACCACCACCACCACCACCUCCACCUCCACUACCAUAACCUUCACAUCCACCACCAUUACUUUCGCCACACACGCGUCCAUACCACAACCAAAUCCGCCACUAGUGUACUUUUCAUACUCAUCACUACCAUCACCACCACUACUACCAUCGCUACCAGUAUCAUCAUCAUCAUCCCAAACCCCUUCCUUUCCUUCCUCCUUCGCCUCUUCUUCCUCUGCUGCCUCAUCCUUUGCCUCCUCCACCAUCACCACCACUACCACCGCCACCUUCUCCAUCCUUAGAAGCUCAGCGCUGCGGCAGGAGGAAGCCCCGCCAUCCUUGUGACAGGUCGGGCGCGGACAGGCCGCGGAAGCCAGGCUGGCGAGGGGAGCGCGCUGAUGCGACGCACGGCAUCAUUGGACACCAUCUACCUCAAGGGACAGUGGCCCAAGGACGACCAACCCUUCACACAGCUGCUUCAUGUAGACAAGGCCUCUCAGACCCCAGAAGAGUGGGCCUCAAGCUGUUACGGGGGACUGAGCUGGGCCCUCAGUGAAGAACCUUACCAGAGUGGUAGCAAUAGUAGUAGUAACAACAGCAGCAACAACAGCAGCAGAAGACCAUCAGUGUCUGUGGUUCCCUCUCCGUGGCUGGGGGGCACCAGCCACCAGGCACCCUCUCCUUCAGGAGAACAGAUCGACAAGUUUAUCCGGCACCGGCUUCAACGAACCAACAAAGAAGGGACAAGUGGUAGUGGUCUCCGCUACAGUCCCGUACAUGCUGAUCACUCCGUCCUUGCUCCAACACCAGUUCACCUGAGACACCAUGCCCUCCAACAUGCAAAUGGUGGGUCCCGUGCCAUCUCCAUCCCACAGCUGCCCAAGCCACUGCUUCCUCCCCGACUGCGCAGCUCAGUGGAAGGUCUUAACCAAGAAAUUGAACGCCUCGUUUUGCGACCGCCCCACAUGCCUGGGGAUGACCUAGAUGAUGUGGACACCAACAGAACCUCUUUUCAGUGGAGUGAAGUCCCACGUGACGGCCGCAGAGCGCCCAUUGCUGAGUACCUGAGGUUUACAAGGAGCGUCGACACUCAAACACCUGCCAGAGGGUCAGCAGUGUCCGCUGCCAGUUCUGACCACACAUCCCCCUCUCUAUCCCCACCCACCUCCCCUCCACACAGUCAGGAUGCUGCCAUGCCAUCCUCCACUCCAAGCCCAACUAGUACACAAACACUGGCCACUUCCCCUCACAUUAACAAGUUCCUGGCACGGGAGCCUCCAGAUGGCUGUGAGAGAGUGGCUCUCAAACAUCAUGAAGACAGGUCAGGGGUAACAAAGACAGGAGUGUGGCCAGCUGUCAGGCCCCCAGGUGGCUUCACUCUACGGGCCAGCCAGGGAUCAGCCUUCUGUGCACCAGAGAGGAUAGCAACAGAAGAGGAGUGUGGAGCCACUGCCCUCCAACCAUGUCAGCAUCAAACUGAUUCUGUAAGUGUAUAUUGUCCUGUUUGUGCUGGUAGUCCUAGUGUGUGUCUGGAAGGAGAGAGUCCAGACCCAGAGAUGGUGCAGUGUGUGCCCGAGGCCUGCCAGACCUCCCCAUCCCACACAAUGACAUGUGACGUGGGCGUGUCCACGAUGGUGCCCGGUCCUACCAGCACAAGCAUAGGGCCAGCCCCUGAACUCACUGCAGAUCAAUAGCGAAGGCCAUGUUUUAGCACAUUUUACAAUUAUUUUUGUCAUCUUGCAGUUAACAGUUAUCCUCAAAGUGGUUCAGACAUUGUGGUUCUUAAUAGCCAUUAUAGUGAUUCAUGAAUAUGCUUACUGAGUAUUAUUUGGUAUGUAUUAAUGUACACAAUGUAUUAACUUUCAAUGUGAUUCCGCAUUUCCAAGACAAUUUUGUACGUAUAUCCCAAUGUUGCAUAUUGUUCACUUAGAAGUGAAUAAGCUCCCUUACAUCUCAGGAUUUAAUGGAUAAGUAGCCAUUAUAAUGUAGAUCUAACUGACACAUUGUAGGGAACUGCUCAUGUACUUACUUUGGUCCUCUCGGUGGGGACCAGAUGACCCUCCAGCUAGGGAAACACUCUGACUUACACUAGUGUAACAGGAGCUUUUGUGAUCAUCUUAAGACAUUUUGGGAAUCAGUUGCUGUUUUGAAAUGGAAAAAUGUUUAUUUUACACCCAGUAAAUACCACUUUCAAUUAAUCAAAUAUGUAUGUAGCUAUUUAUGAAGUGUUGUAAUCAAAUUUCUAUGAUAGGACUAAUGAGCUUUAUAUUUUGAUAAGUUGAAUUAAUUUUCUAACAUCUGUUGUCCUUGAUUUAGGAUGUCAGUGAUGUGAUAAUUAUCUUUGUGUCAAUUAAUUCCAUAACAUGGAAAUGUAAGGUUAAUAUUUUAAAAGGAAAUUGCAGUUUUUGUUGUGGUAAUUUUGUGUGAAGCUGCUUUUAGAUACUUUUUUUUUUUUUUUUUUUUUUUUUUUUUAAUUGGCAUAUUACAUACCUUUGUAUUGGCCUCAUUGAUCAUCUCAGCCAUAUUACAACUCUAGGAUGUUUAUUUUAGUCAUCAUUCAUCCUUGUUGAAAUUGGCACUCCAGUCAUAUGUUUGAAGGGACUUCAACACCUUCAAAGUAGCUGCAUUACUAUACCUGCAACUUGGAAAUUAUUCAUCUGAUCUGUGCAAUGAGGAAACAGCCUGAUAAUGAACCAUCAGAAACUGCAAGGGAAUCAGUCUGACAGUGGACCUUGCUCAGAGGAACCAGUCUGAUCAUGCAUUAUAAACACAAUCUACACUAUAAGAAGUUCCUUCUGGAAACCUGUGAUAGAUUUCUCGGAUAUCUUUGGAUUUAACAAGAUGUGGGUAUGGACUACGAAUACUGGUGGUUGUGUGUGCCAACUGCUGUCUUGCUACUGUGGAGAGUGGCAUUAUUCAGCAAAUAUAAGUCAGUAAUGGUUGGAGCAUCCAAGAUAUGUACCUCUAUUUCACAAAACCCAUUUUUGCAAAACUCAAAAGGUCACAGUGAACAAGAAUUCUAAGCCAGUGUUAUUUGUGCUUUUUGGCAUGGGUUAAACUUUUGAUAGUGGUGCAUAACUACAAACUUCAGUGAAUACCUUACACUGGUGAAGAAAAUGCAGUGUAACUAAAUUAACUACUUUCACGACUGACUAAGAUGCUGCUAGAAACUUGCCAUCAGUAGCCUGGGUGGGAACAGCACCAGUGGUACCCAGCACACUAGGCAAAAACUGAAAACAAAAGCAAGAAACCAGACUCCAGUGUGUGGUUGUCUGCUGGUCCGUGCCUGCCACACCAGCCUCCUGUUGAAGGACCUCGGGUGUGCCUCGGCAAAUCUCACUUCUCAUUAAAAGCUCAUUGAAGUAAGUUGUUUAGUUAUACCUUUUAGUGUGCAUACCUGUACAAAAUAUAAUAGAUGCAAUUUUGUCCUUUGUUUUACAUAAUGAUCCACAGAAACUUUGGCCUACUAUAACAUGUACUUCUUGUUGGCAAUGUUUAUAGUUUCUUUGAAAAGAAAAUACAGUAUACUGUUUGUGUUGUGAAGGUCAGCUGCUUCAGGGAGACAAGGAGUCUUGCAUCACCAUAGUUUGCUUUUGUGUGCAUAUUUCUAACAAUGGAACUAUGUCAUUUUGCUAAGUUAAUGUGUCCCUGAAUACUUCUGUACAGUGGUUACUCAAGUUGUACCAACCUAAUUUAAUCAUAUGAAUUAUACAGCCAUAAAAGACCAACUCUGGAAAAUUCAGCAGACUGAGUUUUCUUGCUUAUGUAUUAGUUUACCAGUGACAUGUCUAACAGUUUGGACUAUGAAUCAUGUAGUUACAGUAAAUGAGAUUUUUCAAUUAUUUUGACUGUAAAUCAUGUUGUAGCCACAGUCAGUGAGCCUUUUCUGGUUAACUUACUGGAAAAAAAGUUGUAGUGAGGACAUCCAGCAGUCAUGUUGGCUUCCUAGUGUUGUUAAAUACAAUAGUUAUUGCAUAACUUUAAGAAUACAAUCAACAUGAACCUCUAAAGAAUAGUAGAAAAUAAGAUAAAAGUUGUUAUCACAGGGAAGUCUGGUUAUGCAAGAUAUGCAUUUCUGAGGAUGGAUGCAUAUGUCAAAUAUUAAUUCAAUAAAAAAAGAAUAGAGCUGUAUUUUCACAGCAUAAAUAACACUGUCCCCAAAGA